CAGUUUGCGUGUAUCGUAUAUACCGUUAAGACAUCUGGCUCGAAAACAACGAACAGCGCAUCACUGACAGACGUUCCGGACUUUUCUUUUCUUACCCACCAGAGUGCAUUGGAUUAUGUUGAGAGCAAUGGCAGUGUAACCGCGCACUCGGACCCGCCUGCCCUCGCCAUGCUCCUGCGUCUGCCUUUGCUGCUGGUGGCGCGUUAUUUGCACAACGGAAGACUUCGAUUGCUGUUCGUGGCACUGAUUGUUAUGCUGAUAGGUGGCAUUGCCCUCACAUACAAUUGGCAAAAUGAUUUGCAGCAGUGCUUCAUGGACAUCGAAGAGGCAAUACAGUCGACAGUGUCUAAUGCAGAUGCAGAUCCGCUGGCACCCAUCCGCCUAGAGGAUGUUCUGCAGGCGGAGCCCAGGCCCACGCCUGGACGGAGCAUAUUCUUUCACGAAACCAGUUGCCACCAGGCCGAGAACAAAAAGUACAAAUUGCUGGAGCUAACCGCCCGUCAAGCCUGCGCAAUCGAAUCUGCUGCAUUGCAUAAUCCGAAUUUCCAGGUGUUCGUCUUGUUCGCCGGUCCCACCUACCGACCUUCACCCAAGGGGCGAAAUAACAGCAACCAGCAGCCGCUUGUCGAUGCCAUUUUAAGCUAUAGCAAUGUCCAUUUGAGGAAUCUGAAUCUCUGGCGCUACGCUGCGGGCACACCCAUCGAGGAAUGGCUCAAGGACGGUAGUCUGUUUCGUUCGCGAUAUUUGUUUUCCCACAUCUCUGAUUUCCUGCGUUACUUGACACUGUAUCGCUAUGGUGGCCUGUAUCUGGACAUGGAUGUGGUCGUGCUGCAGAAAAUGGAGGAUGUGCCACCCAAUUACACAGGAGCCGAGUCCAAUACUCACCUUGCCGCUGGCGUCAUGAGCUUAGCUGCCACUGGCUUUGGCCAUGAGAUUGCCGAGUCCUGUUUGCGCGACUUUCAACACAAUUUCGCAGGCAAAGAUUGGGGAAACAAUGGCCCAGGCGUGAUAACACGCGUGGCCCAGCAGAUUUGUGGCACCAAGGAUAUCACCCUGAUGCAGGAGGAUAGCAAACGCUGCUUGGGCUUCAAGGUGUAUGGGCGAGGCGCCUUCUACGCUGUGCCGUGGAAGCAGUGGCGGGACUUCUUCGAGCCCGAAAAACUGGAGGAGACCAUGGGCCGCACCAAAGACUCGUAUGUGGUGCAUGUAUGGAACAAGCACUCGAAUCAGCUACCGAUCAAGGUUGGUUCAAACAACGCCUAUGCCAAAUAUGCCGAACAAAAUUGCCCGCGAGCCUAUCGUGCGGCGGGCGAAUACUUCUAGAAGUAUUAUCUAAAAAGUUCUCUUCAUUUAAGUCUUUUGUAUAUGGAUAUUUCCCGCUGAAGUCCAAAGAAUUAUCGCCCAGCGAGUCAUCGUUUAUAGGUUUUAUGUGUUGCUAAUUUUUUUAUUUCUUACUAUGUCUACUUAUUAUUAUGUUGGCAAACCACGCAUUCCGAUAUAAAAAACAAACACAUACAUGUAUAGAACGGCUAUGGCUAUUCAGAUACAUACUAACUCACAUUUAUUAUCUCAAAUACUCAUUCUGUUGAUUCGCUGAAAACGAAUCUAUAUUUAUAUUUGCACAAUAUUAUUUGCAUUACUCUUGGAAAUUAAUUCUGAUAACAGUACACUAACAAAUGAACAAAAUGAAAAAGGCUAUCAGUCGGUGAGUCGAAAAUUGAAAUAUGUAUGUACGAUGCAUGAUUCACCGGAAACCGAGGAAGAGGUUAAAGAUAAGAAUUCGAAACAGUAGUAAGAUAUCUCCUAAGUAUUUUCGGUAGUAAACACGUAUGUAUAUUCAAUGAUCUGGGGGAAUGUAUACAAAUAUUUUGUAAAAAUAUAUCGUCUUGGAGGCAACUCCUUGAACAUGGGGUACGGUACGGUACUCGUAAAUGGUGCACAUAACUCACAUAGUCUGGAUGGAUGUAUACAAUAGAAAAUAAAUAUAUGAAAUAUAUUUGUAAAAGCUUA